UAUGAAAGGGGUAGCCCACCAUGACCCCAUACUACCCAUUCCAGUGAAAAAAGUUGAGGAGAAAAUGUCAAGCGACAAGCCAUCUAAUUCCUUUUCCUAAUUUAAUCCGAUAGGAUUCUGUUUCCAUUCGGGUUUUGGAAAUUCCUACCAAAAUUGCCUUCUUAGUCGCCGAUGAAUUGUGAAUCCAUCGGCCCUGUUUGUCGUUUUAAUUGACUUCUGUCCUCAAUUUUCUGUGUGAGAAGAGGAAUGCAGAGCCAGAUAGUGUGCAGCGGUUGUCGGAGUCUUCUUAUGUACCCGAGUGGGGCAAGCAAUGUGUGUUGCGCCUUGUGUAAUGCCAUCACCACAGUCCCCCCUCCAGGAAUGGAAAUGGCCCAGCUGAUAUGUGGAGGCUGCCGUACAUUAUUGAUGUAUACUCGUGGUGCUACAAGCGUGAGAUGCUCCUGUUGUCACACAGUAAACCUGGCACCAGCACCUAAUAUCGCUCAUGUCAACUGUGGAAACUGUCACACGACACUCAUGUACCCUUAUGGUGCUCCAUCUGUCAAAUGUGCUGUUUGCCAAUAUAUCACAAAUGUCAAUAUGGGAAAUGUUAGGGUCCCCAUUCCUAUGCAUAGGCCAAAUGGACCACCCUCUUCAGCACCAACGCCUUCAACUUCAACAGCAUUGCCCAAUUCUCAGAGCCAAACUGUUGUGGUCGAAAACCCUAUGUCUGUCGACAAAAGUGGGAAACUGGUAAGCAACGUGGUUGUUGGUGUGACCACAGACAAAAAGUGAUCCUGCAAGAAAUCUUGGGUGGAUCACUGCACUAUCACUAACCAGGAAGUACUCUCGACAAUUGGCAUUUUGCAUAUGUAUGAGAUGUGUAUACUUGGCGGAAAUGUAUCUCAUUGGCGUUGCUAUGUUACGGUUUGGCGGCUCUACUAUUAGUUAUGCUAAUGUGAUGAUGUAUAUUGAGAUUCCAUAUAUAUACAUAUAUAUAUGUAUUAUAGUGUGUAGACAGCAUCUCUUCCAUCAUUUGUGUGGGAUAUAUUGUCAAAGUGUAAUAAGAUCAUUGUUCGCGACUUGUUUACAUUUGUUUGAGCAAACAUGUCAAGUGUUUAUGUUGUAA